AAAAUUAAUGCUUUUCAUGAUUAUGAAAUACUUAUAUCUUUAAGAAAAGUAACUUAGAAUUCAUUUUCUAGGGUAAUGUUAAUUGGUAAUGACAAACAGGACCUUUAAAGCGUAAGCUAAGAUCCAAUGAAGGAAGUUUCAAGGUUGGUUACUAGGAGGGUAUUAUACCUACAUUGAAUUUGAAAGCAAAGAUGUGUAGACCCUGAGAAAAAAGGCAACUACCAAGAAAUACUCUUGGUAGCUAACUGGGUUUAAAUAUAAAAAACGAAAAUAGCACUCAUUUCUAAAUAGGGGCCUAUCAGACAAGCCAGUUUCAGGAAGAAGACUUUACUGGAUCUACCUCCUACCCUGAACUGUUCGCCUGCACUGUGUGGGGGAUGUCUGAGCCAGUCUUUACAAAUGAGAGCCUGGAAUCCCAGUUGAACCAAUAGGACUGAGAAUUUCACUGUCUAAUCAAAGUUGCACAGCUAUAUCCCUGACCAAUCAGAGCAGCUCCAUUUUGACCAAUCUGAACAGUGCUGUUUGGACCAAUCAAACUGUGAGAAUUUGGAGUUUUCAUUUGCAUGAGGGUGGAUCAAUGAUGGAUCAGUAGUAGGAUUUUCUUUUCAUUUCAUUAUUAUUAUUUUUAUUUUGAGAGUGUUUAUUAAAGCUGGUGACCCUGAAAUAAAGAGGUGGCUAAGAAGCAACAGGAUAGACUAGGCAGGGCUGCGGUCAGCUCACUGGGCAGAGAAAAGUGGGCAUUGGAGACAGUUCAGGGUGUUAGCGCAGGAAAUGCUGCUGCCACCCAUUGCUCCCCUGGUUGCAAAUCUUGUGGGGGCCUUUAGAGUUUGAGUUGAAGGCCUGUGGGGGAAAUAAGAGUUGGAAGGGAAAGGUGCUAGCAUGCUCUUGGACUUCUUUCUAUAUAGGUUAGCUCCCCUCUGGAUUGAGGAGUAGGCUUUCCCUUUCCCCUGAAGGCUGUAUUUUUCCCUUUGGAGCUGAAGACAUCUCACUGGAGUGUCUCCUAGGGCUGCCUCUUUGCCACAGCUGUGCUAGGUCGUCCGUGAGUUGUAAUGCCAUUGAGCUGUUCUACAACUGUGCUGUAUCAUAAUUGAGCUGUUUGCCAUGAAUCAAGUUUCCUGCUUCACAUCACCCCCAUUUGGGGAUUCCUGUUGGUGUUGAAUUGGCGCCGAUGGUCAACAGAUGAAAAAAGGUAAGCACUGGGCCAGCACUACCCUCACGCCCACCUGGGCCACUGCAGCUCAUCUGGAGAGAGCCUCGUGGGUCUCUUAGGGGAAAAGAUGAGGUCGCUCCUGGAGGCUUUGGUCCUGGGAACCCGGAUCCUGUGGAAGGGCGCGGACGACCCGCCCCCGCAGAAAGCCCCACCCAGGAGCGCCGAGGGGAGGGGACGGAGAAGCUGCUGGAGGUUUGCGGCUUAAGUCCGCGGCCGAGACUCGGUGGAGAGGGUGGUGGAUCUACCUCAGCGCAGAAAUCGAAGAACUGUCCAAGGCCUGCAGAGGAAAUUUGAUUAAUUACCUUUCUCUGCUAAUGAGCACCCAACAGUAGUUCAUCCCAGCCCCGCCCAGUAGAAAUCUGACUCCCAGCACCGCCUACUCAGAAAAAAUAUUCCUUCUUCCGUCGUCUUAGCCUCCCCGGACUACAUCCCCCAGAAGGCAUCGGGGCUCAGCCAUCUGACUUGUGCAGUAGCCUUCGUUGAAAAGUGCUAUGACAACAGGGCGAAGAUGGCUUGGAGUUAGGCGGGAGCCGGGAGGUGUCCCUUCCGCCGCUGCUGUCCUUUCUCUGCUACAUCUCACUCACAGCCUCCUCCUUCAUCCUGUCCUGUUCUUCGUGAGCUGCAGCUCUCGCCGUUGUUCUUGCCUGCCUGGUCUCUUCCAAGCGAUCGAUGCCGUUUUCCCUGCUUGUCUCUGGGGGUGACAGAGAAGGGAUGCAGAGGAGCUCCUUGGGGUGAUCCCUCCAACUCUGUGGAGCUGGCAGUGCUCUUCGCCUGGGGCGUGGAACGAGUUGGAGCCGGAGAGCAAGAGGGAGUAGCGAAGUUAGGGUUGCGUUUCUCUGCACUCUCCGCUCUCGCUCUCGCCGUUCCCCAGGACCCUGGCUGGCGUCCUUAAAGGGAAAUCUGCGGAAAGAGAGUUCGAAGGAAGGUGGGGCAGGACCCACCUGAUUCGGCCUCAGAGUGAACAAAAAUGUCCUUGUUUAAAGCCCGUGAUUGGUGGUCUACUGUUCUGGGAGAAAAAGAGGAAUUUGAUCAAGGCUGUUUGUGUCUGGCUGAUGUUGACAAUACUAGAAAUGGACAAGAUAAAAUAAUUGUGGGUAGCUUUAUGGGAUACCUGCGAAUCUUUAACCCCCACCCUGUGAAAACCGGAGAUGGGGCUCAAGCUGAAGAUUUGCUUCUAGAAGUUCAUCUACAAGAUCCAAUACUGCAAGUGGAAGUAGGAAAAUUUGUUUCAGGUACUGAAAUGCUUCAUUUGGCUGUGCUGCAUUCUAGAAAACUUUGUGUCUACUCUGUCUCAGGAACCUUGGGUAAUGUGGAGCAUGGGAACCAAUAUCAGAUCAAAUUGAUGUAUGAACAUAACCUUCAGAGAACGGCCUGCAAUAUGACUUAUGGGUCAUUUGGUGGUGUAAAAGGUAGAGAUUUGAUUUGCAUCCAGUCCGUGGAUGGGAUGCUGAUGGUGUUUGAGCAGGAGAGCUAUGCUUUUGGGCGGUUUCUCCCCGGUUCUCUCUUGCCUGGCCCGCUUGCCUACAGUUCCCGGACAGAUUCCUUCAUCACCGUCUCUUCCUGCCGACACGUGGAAAGUUACAAGUACCAAGUACUUGCUUUUGCAACAGAUGCAGAUAAAAGACAGGAGACUGAACAGCAGAAACUUGGUUCUGGAAAAAGACUUGUUGUAGACUGGACUUUAAACAUUGGAGAGCAAGCCCUUGAUAUAAGUAUUAUGUCUUUCAAUCAGUCAGCAUCUUCUGUUUUUGUUCUUGGUGAAAGAAACUUUUUUUGCCUGAAGGAUAAUGGACAAAUUCAGUUCAUGAAGAAACUUGAUUAUAGCCCAAGUUGUUUUCUCCCGUACUGCUCAGUUUCCGAAGGGACAGUGAACACGCUGAUUGGAAACCAUCACCGCAUGCUGCAUGUUUUUCAGGACGUGACGCUGAAGUGGGCCACGCAGCUCCCCCACGUCCCCGUGGCUGUGAGAGUGGGCUCUCUGCAUGAUUUAAAGGGAGUGAUCGUCACUCUGAGUGACGAUGGCCACUUGCAGUGUUCGUACCUGGGGACAGACCCCUCUUUGUUCCAAGCCCCGAAGGUUGAAUCUAGAGAACUGAACUAUGAUGCACUUGACGCAGAGUUGAAAGAACUUCAGAGAAUCAUCAGAGAUGUUAACAAAUCACAAGGUGUCUGGCCCAUGACCGAGAGGGAAGAUGACCUGAAAAUCUCCGUCAUGGUUUCUCCUAACUUGGACUCCGUGUCUCAAGCUCCUGACGCUGAGGUGGGAACUGACCUUGUCCCUUCAGUCACGGUGAAGGUUGCACUGCAGACCCGUGUGGCAUUGCAGAAAGCCAAGUUAUCAGUCUAUGUGCAGCCACCUCUAGUCCCGUCAUGUGACCGGUUUGCUUUUGAGUUGAUGGCACCAGAGACGACCAGAACAGUAGCCUUUUCCGUUUAUCUGAAAGGAAGUUUUGUGCCGCCCGAACUGGAAGGAAAUGCUGUUGUUUCCUAUUCCAGACCAACAGAUCGAAAUCCUGAAGGCAUUCCUCGAGUUAGCCAGCGUAAAUUUAGGCUUCCCCUGAAAUUAGUCUGCCUACCAGGUCAGCCUUCAAAAAUUGCAAGCCACAAACUGACUGUCGAUACCAACAAAUCCCCAGUCAGCCUUCUCAGCCUCUUUCCAGGCUUUGCCAAUCAGUCGGAAGACGAUCAGGUGAAUGUAAUGGGUUUUCGCUUCUUAGGAGGUUCCCAGGUUACUCUUCUUGCUUCCAAAACUUCACAACGAUAUCGCAUUCAGAGUGAACAAUUUGAAGAUCUUUGGCUCAUAACCAAUGAGCUUAUAAUCCGCCUUCAAGACUAUUUUGACAAGCAGGGAGUCAAAGACUUCACAUGUUCUUUUUCUGGAUCCGUGCCCCUUCAAGAAUAUUUCGAGUUGAUCGAUCAUCAUUUCGAGCUGCGGCUAAAUGGUGAAAAAUUGGAAGAACUCUUAUCUGAAAGAGCCGUCCAGUUUCGGGCCAUUCAACGCCGGCUGCUAACAAGGUUCAAAGACAAAACACCUGCCCCCCUCCAACACCUGGACACCUUGCUAGAUGGAACUUACAAGCAGAUAAUCGCUCUAGCAGACGCUAUCGAGGAAAACCAGGACAGUCUGUUCCAGUCCCUCACCCGGCUGAAGAGUGCCACCCGCCUGCUGAUCCUGCUGAUCGGACUGUGGCAGAAGCUCAGCGCCGACCAGCUUGCGAUUCUGGAGGCCGCGCUCCUGCCGCUGCAGCAGGACACUCAAGAGUUGGGCUGGGAAGAGACGGUGGAUGCUGCUGUCUCCUACCUCUUGAAGACCUGCCUGUCGAAGAGUUCCAAGGAGCAGGCUUUGAACCUCAGCAGCCAGCUGACCAAACCCAAAGACACGGGCCGACUGAAGAAGCACAUCACCUUGCUCUGCGACAGACUGGCCAAAGGCGGGCGUCUCUGCCUGAGUGCGGACGCGGCUGCCCCGCCGACCAUGGUCAUGCCAGGUGGCUGUGCUCCCAUCCUGGAGUCCGACCUGGAGGAGAGGGCAGUGGAGCAAGACUCCGCCGAGAUGUUUCCCGGCCACCAGCACCUCCUGGCGGAGACGCCCGUGCCCGAAGUUUCACCCCUCCGAGGAAUCUUGGAGUAGUUCCAGCAGACUUGUCCAGUGGAGGGGAAGACGGCUCUCCCAGGGCCGACCCUGCGUGGAUCCCGGGCCAAGCAGCGAUGCAGAGCUGGACGGGGGAUUUGUCCGCCUGUCGGGAGAGGACCUGGUGUGGGGGAGGGGCCGGGACGCCGCACUGGGCUGCGAGGGCUGCAGCAGCACCAGCAGGUCGGCUGGGACUUGCCUCACCGGGGAAGGGUGUGGCUGCUUUCUGGUCACGCGUGUGCUUGCGGCCUGAGAUGACAUCUCUCGGGGACAGCCUUUGUAAUGCAGAGACCUAGAUCCAAAAUACUUUGAUACCCAUUAUUUUUCAGAAUUCUUAUAUAGUUCAUGUAUCAAGUUUAAUAAAGCAUCUCAUUG